UUCCUCUUCGGAGCCCGAGAAUGAGCUACAGGAGACCGUGACAAACACUGAUACUUGCUCCAUGUCAACUGUCAACACUGGCACACAAAGAAUUUUGGAAACAAGAGGAGCAGCCGUAGCUUUAAGAGAAACCCCUCUCUUUUCCCGUCUCAGUAGCUGACACAAUAGCAAAUGAAUUUACCUUCCAGGUUUCGGCUGUAACUGAACGAGCACACACCACAGUUCAAGGAAACGGAGUUACACAGAUCUGUGGCCCCUGGUGUCCCAAGUGGAGGUAACAUGGCCCACCAGGCAACCCCCAGUUCCCAGAAGGCCCUGAUGAUGGAGCUGAAGUCUCUGCAGGAGCAGCCGGUGGAGGGCUUCCGCAUCACCCUGGUAGAAGAGUCUGACCUCUACAACUGGGAAGUGGCCAUCUUCGGUCCCCCAAACACUCUGUAUGAAGGAGGCUACUUCAAGGCUCACAUCAAGUUCCCGGUCGACUACCCAUACUGCCCUCCUACUUUUCGCUUCCUCACCAAGAUGUGGCACCCAAACAUCUAUGAGAAUGGAGAUGUGUGCAUCUCCAUCUUGCACCCUCCGGGUGACGACCCACAGAGCGGGGAGCUGCCAUCUGAGAGGUGGAACCCCACCCAGAAUGUCAGGACCAUCCUGCUCAGCGUGAUCUCUCUGCUAAAUGAGCCCAACACCUUCUCUCCGGCUAACGUGGAUGCCUCCGUCAUGUUUCGUAAGUGGAGAGAAAGCAAAGGCAAAGAUAAGGAGUAUGCAGAGAUCAUCAGGAAGCAGGUGAUGUCAACGGCGGCGGAGGCCGAGCGCGACGGCGUCAGGGUACCGACCACGCUGGCGGAGUACUGCGUCCAGACCAGGGUUCCUUCUCAGGACAGCAGCUCAGACCUUCUCUACGAUGACCUAUACGAUGACGACAUGGAGGAAGAGGACGAUGAGGACGACGAAAGCGACAUGGAGUCCGUAGGUGAGGCGGGUGGCAUCACCGCCGUGGAGGUCGGUGGAAUGUCCACCAGGCGCUACGACAACCAGGACGACUCUGGCAAUGAAGACUCGUGAUGAUGUUAAUAAACUCCCACUCCUCCCUGCCAACUCCCUCCACCAUCCUCCUGUUGCUUUCAGUUAGUCUGUAUGUGUGUGUGUGUGUGUGUGUGUGUGUGUGUGUGUGUGUGUGUGUGUGUGUGUUUGUGCGCGUUUGCACAGUGGGGUCAAAAGUCUACUGCCGAAAACCUUUCAUCAUUUAUUAAGCUCAAACUUGUUUAGGUUAAAUAACGAUUCUCACAGACUGCGGAGAACUUUCAUUGCCCAACAAACUUUGUAGUUUCUGUUUCCACCAAACGCCGGAGUGCGGUAUUUUCACCGCUUGCCUUAAUCACUGCUCAUACUCUGUCUAAUGUUUUGCAGAGUUGUGGAACUAUUCCAGUCCAGUUUGAGUGACUAUAGGAAAAAUUUGUGUUCCGUUUCAUUUCUCUGGAUCGUCCAACUGAAGGGAAGUCUCUUCCUCUUCCGUCAUCGUAGUCUUCAAGAGAUCAGUGUGUGUGUGUGUGUGUGUUACUAAAUCAACGCCAUAUUGAAUUUCAGUUUUAUUAUCAUGCAACCUGCAAAGUCAGUUGUCUAGUUGAAUCCAUUAAAAUUUCAUCUCAUUUAAAAGCUUUUAAAUCUUUGAUAUGUCAUCAAGUUUGAGUUAAAACAAUUGGACCAUGUGCCGUUACAGGAGGGCUUAAAUGUAGCUGUAUUUUCUGAUGUUGGCACAUUCCUGUGUGCUAAGUCUGCUUGGUGCUGUUUGGCGUGGAACUUGCAACCCUUAUGUUUUUGUUUGAGAGUUUAGGAAACAUUUAUCAGGCACCCACUACCAUGCAUUAACCAAGUUUCCGUUAAGCUUCCACAGAUGCUUGUAGCUUUGAUAAAUGAUGAAAAUGAGUUGUGGUCUGCUGAGCCCCGCUCCGUCUAAUCGUUUUCCUGUAGAAAGAUCCUUGAAUCUGUCCUUGUUGUUUUCUUGUUGGUUCCGUUUUACGCUCUGUCCUCAUUGACUUGUCUCUUGUAUUGCGUCAGAGAGCUCGGUCCGUCUGUCUAAUGAAUGUUUGGCUCAUUAACCAGUCGAUGAGCUGGCCAGCUUUUUUUGUCACUGUCCACGUCUGUCUGUUUGAUUUUUACACCUUCAGCCCGUUGGGGAGAACUUCACGUCUGAGUCUUGUCCACCCGUCUCCCUCUUACCUCAGGGCCUCAGUAGACUUUCACUGAGACAGAAAAAAUAAUCAAAAGAGGAUCCUAAGAAACUACUCAUCUAAUCCACACGUGACUGAAUGUUGCUGUAGGUCUGAGUUGUGGUGCUUUAAUUGUUUUCCUCCCAGGUGGGAGCCAAGUUAAGGAGAUCAGCACACAUUUGUAGGGACGUUAGAAACAGUGUAGGAAUUAUGUUCUGGCUUUUUGGGCUUAAAUGCUGAGCGAGAAAGUCGGCCUCUCACGUGGAUAUGACACGGAUCACCUGAAACCUGAGUGUGUGUGUGUGUGUGUUCUGCAUUCAUGUCGACUAUGAUGUCAGGGUGUGUGAGUGUGUAAUCCUUUCAGACUUCUGUCAUGUGAAUAUGUUUGGCUGAAACAGAAGUUUGGACUUGAGGAAUGACACGACUUGGUUUAAAGAGUCGACUGAUAAAGAGACAAAAAGCUGAGUAUUGGGUUUCUGGACCUGCUGAAUGGAGCAACAGGACGGAUCGGACUCGUGUUGCACCGUAUAAACUACACAAGAAUCUGUUCAACACAAACAGAAAACAAGCACUGGAGCAACCCUUUGAUUCAGAUGGAUUGUUUAUGCCACAGAAACCAAGUAACCACCACCCCUGUUCCCCUCACAGGCUAUGGACAGAUGGAUGCAUGUUAUUGAUUUAUUGCUUUUUGAAUAAUCUUAUGCGGAGACACACCAACGACUCUGUGCUUUGGAGGCACUGGAUUUUAUUGAGAACGGGCAGAAGAAAUCUCUUGAACCAGACCUAUGAUGGAUUUGAUAUCUUGGCACAAGAGGAGGAAGAAGCAGGAUGCCACAGAUUCUGAACUUUCAUUGACAUGGUCUGUGUUUCUGCUCAUUGCUCCUCAUGCAGGGACUAAAUCACUAUUAAGGAAUGGAACGUACCAAUCCUGGGACUCUGCGAAAAGAAUUGUUCAAAUUAUUGUGACAUAUACAGAUCAGCCAUAGGAUCAUGACCACUGACAAGUAUGGUGAAAACAGCCUGAUCCUCUUUCAGCUGGAUAAAUCACCCAAAAUGCUGCCUUUAGUAGCUUAAGGAACAUAAGUGAGGUAUUGACUUCUGGUUUCAAGCAUCUGUUGGAUGUGCUGAACAAACAUGUCUUCAAAAGUCUGCCUCACAACUUCCAGGAUUUGGGAUUUAGAUGGCUAGAAUCCAUGUUUUGAUGUGUCCGGAGUGCUAUGGUGGCAAAUAUUAGGAUUAUAGCCCUAAUAUUUAGUUCUAGUUAUGGCUGAUCAGUGCAAGUCCUUUAGAUUUAAUGUCUGUUAAACGCGCCCCAGUUAUGGAUUUAGGUUUUAAAAAAUCCUGAAAACUCUGAAUUGUGAAAAAUGCUCAUCAACUUAUAAACCUUUGAAAUUUUGCUCAAGAUCUGAAUUAGUGGUGCGAUUGGUCCAAAAUGUCCUUCCAAACAUCAGAUACUCACUUUAGACUGGAAUUAUUCUAAAAAAAAAAUAUUUUUUUGGUUAUAUAAAGGAAAUUCCCUUUAAAUCUUCAUUUUUUUAAACAAAUCUCUGAUUAUUACUUUUAAAAAUUUAAGUCUGGUUUCUAUCUACUAUUAGAUGAAAGAUGCAGCUCCAGUGUAAGAUGUGUAACUGGUGAAAUGCUGAAUCAUAAAAUCCACUUCUGCUUAACGCUAUUUUUUCUCAUAAAUGUAAUGAAUUCAAUGAGAUUUUUUCUCGUCUAUGGAAACCCAAUGUUAUCACAGAUUUCAGUAAAUUUAGAAAACUGAAGCCACGUGGUGACUUAGUUAGCAACAGUUAUGUUUAAGUGUAGUGUAGCCCUUCUUUUUGAGGCAUAGAAUCACAGUUGAUGUUCGCCUUAACUCUUAUAACCUGGAUAAGUUCACCAGCUAAUAUUAAAAAAUCCACUCAGUGGAGGAAAAACAUUCACUCCACACUUGAAAUCAUUUACUUAUUUUAUUGUGUCUGAAUACGAUUGUGUAUUUGUAAGAAGUUAGUAACUGAUGAAGAUCCUGCAGGCAGAAGACGGCCCUGUCCCUCACUGGUGUUAAUGCUGCCUCUAAUGGUUUCCUGUUUAUCUGAGAAACAUCCCCCUGUAUCCCUUUUGUGUUUGACACUGAGGUUUUCUCACAGCAAAAACACACUUGGUUAGGUUCAUGAAGUGGCUCUGAUGUUUGUUGCCAAGCCUUUAAAAUGUCAUGAAGCAAAGAUGAAAAUAGGAUUUCGGGCUGAAAUUAGGAGUGAUAUGCAAAUGAAAAAUUCUUGUGGUUUAAAAUGAUGAAAAAAAAUAAAACUGUCUUUGAAACCUGA